AUGGAUCCAGCACCCGACGGCAAACGCCCUCGUCUUGGCUCGUGGUCUACUUCUGCUCCGUCUUCCUCUCCCGGGACCUCUCUACCUCUUCCUCACAGCGCAUCGACUUCUCACCUGCAUCCUCAUCCUCAUCCCCAUCCCGUCCCUCAUCCUCAUCACCCACCCACGCCAACCUCCUAUCAACAACCGUCAUAUCAGCCUCGACCAAGCGAGCAAGCACCCGCUCCUCCCGCGCCAGCUUCACUCCCGGGCCCUUUACAUGGUCAUGCGCAACCUCAGCAUCCUGACCUCGACCGAAGGCUCCUAGAACCGGAAACACUAGCCCCGAUGCAAGAUCACUACCGUCAACCUGGCCCUCAACCGCAGUCUCAUCACCCAAAUCACCCAAAUCACCCACCGUCACCCGCUCACCCUCCCUACCACCAGUAUCCGCAGAGGGAUGCCAUCAUAAAACCCGAGUCUGGAGACGAUGCCAGGCGCUCAAACUCAUCGGCAGCUCAUGCGCCCGACUCCCUGUCUCAUACGUCGCACUCCGUCCCGGCUUCGCAUCACCCUCCGCCGCCGCAUCCGUCAGCAGGCUAUCAUGCUGACGCUCCGCAACCACGCCAUAUGAGCUAUGAGAAUGGUUCUUCGGUUCCUCCUACGCCCGGCUUCUACCGCCCUCAGUCCUAUCCGCCCCCCCAGCCCUCGCACCAGAGUUCCUAUGAACCUCACUCCAGCUACCAACCGGCGCCAGACCAGUUCUAUGGAGUAUAUUCGUCAGCCUCGGCGGCAAAAAAGAAGAAUACAAGGGCCUCGCAGGCUUGUGACCAGUGUCGCCAACUCAAAGCCAAAUGUGAUGAAACCAAACCCUGCAAGACAUGUCGCGACAAAGGUACAGAAUGUCGAUAUCGCGACCCUGUACCCAAAGCCACCGACAAGGCUCAGGCAGACAUACUCGACGGCAUCAACAUGAUACAUGGUAGCUUGAAUAGCCUGAUGGACCGGUUCAGCCGCAUGGAGGACAGGAUCCUGGCAGUGGAGUCCCUGGUAUCCAGCAAAGCUAAUGGCAACCAUAUCAAGGCGGACCCCGCCGCUGACGACGAGUGCAAGACCUUGUCCGAGUCCUCAUUUCAUGCCAACGCCGAUGGAUCGUCUCAUUAUUACAACGGCACAUCAUCUCUCGACUACAUGAACAACACUGAUCGGGUGCCCAUGCGACUCAUGGCCGACGAUGAUGAGAUGGAAGCAGAACCAGGCCCUCCGGUCGCUCCGGGAGAACCUGCCAUCCCGAUCAAUCACACCACGCUAGCCGGCUUACUCCUCGAGUGGCCGUGUAUAAGGGAUCUUGUCAAGCCGCAUCUGGAAUCUUCGGGCAUCCGGCAUCCCUCAGAGUACCCCAUCAGCCUGGAACAGAACAGGGGAAUUCUCAUCGUGUACGGACGUGGCGAGGAUUCCCAUUCGUCCAGGCACCCCAGGGACGCCAGCAUAGAGUAUGGCCAGCUGGACAUGGCUGACGAUUCAUCCGACACCGCAUCGCCCUCUGCCGCAGGUGGCGACUGGGGCCACCUGGGCGGGUUUAGCCCGGCGGAUCAAUCGGUAGACUACAGGGGCGGUGUUCUUGCCAGUGACGGGAACCCGGACUUUAGCGAGCCCAAGGUCUGGAGUUUUGUCAAGAGCUUCAAGGAAAACAUCCUCAACAUGCACCCCAUCAUCCAGCCAAAAGCGGUGGAUGAGUGGGUGCAGUACUUUUUGGACACCUUGCCGCCAAUGUCAAUGCGCGCCAAGGCGCACAGAUCUCCCAUAAGCGCUCACAGCAGUUUUGCCGUCAAAGGCGGGUCUGCGAGCUCGAUGCAUGAGAAUGUCGGAUCAAAACGGAAAAGGUCGCCUGGUACAGACGUUUUGGAAGUACCCUCAACCCCGAACCUGGCGAAAUCAGGCAGGCCGGAACGAUCAAUCCACAAUGCGUUGGUUCUGACCAUCCUGGCACUCGGUAGGAUCUGCCAGCAAAGAGACCGCAUCCAUGACGCUGUCCAUCCGAAAGAUGCCUUACCUCAUCAGGGAAGCCCGCUGACAAGAAACGGUAUUCCUUCGUCUCCCGGCCAAGGCUCUCCACCCUGUAUAUCGCUACACUCUCAGUCACCUAGCCAGGCCUCCCCCAAGGAGUCCGAACGAGGGUUUCAAAGCAGACGAUCAUCCAUUCACGGCAGUGGCAAUGGAACGACGAGGAGCGUCCUCGGCCUGAAGAAAAACUUCGAGUCCAUCCCAGGCUUGGAGUACUUUGCUUUUGCGACAGACAUAUUGGGCAACCACACAGGUGCCUACAAGAAUAUAAAGCACGUGUACGCAUUAAUAUUCGCCGGCCUGUAUCACGGGCAGCUAGCUCGGCCGAUGGAAAGCUUUGCGUUCAUCCACCUCGCCAGUCAUAAAUUGAUGGUGAUCAUGAGGCCGAGCUUGGACAAGUUGCGCAGAAUCAAGCAAAGCCUCACAAUGAUACAGGAGACGAAAUACAAUCAGCUGGCAUUGGCCUUUUGGACGUGUUUGCAGCUUGAGAGUGAUUUGAUCGCGGAGCUGCAGCUGCCUCCAUCUGGGCUACUCUCAUACGAAGAGUUCAUGCCUCAUCCCAACAUGAGCAUGCUGGAGGGAUAUGACCAGAGGGUGCUAGACAGUUAUCCCGCGCAGCUGUAUCUCCGGACGCACUUGAACAGCAUCCAUCGCAUGUUUUACGCGCCAGACGCCGACGAAAAAGCCAUGGACUCGAAAGAGCUGGAUCCGAAAUUCAAGACGGUCGACUCGGUUGCCGAUGCUGUGUCUGGCAUGCAGUGGGUCGCCAAAAGCUUUGCUUUCCAGGAAAGCGAUCCUCCUGCAGGGGAUAUUCUGGCAGCGCGGCUACGGGCCAAGUACUGGGGCGCGCAGAACAUCACCUACCGGCCGUUUAUCCGUCAAAUACUGCAAUGGUCCGAGUCGAUGCAGAACCACUCGUCCAGUCCGAGCGGGUAUGCAGUGUCAGAGUUUCGGCAAGGAGUCACGGCGCCCGUCAUUGACCCUUCCAUCAAAAGUCCGAAAGAGAUUCCAACAGCCGUCAUCGACUUUGCGAGGCGAGGCAUCAAGGCUCUCAUUGAGAGUACCCGAUCAUUUCACGGCCUCGGAACCGAGCGGCCCAUUAUCACAAACGUGUUUGGAACCGCCCAUGCACAAUGGGGAAACUUGCUGGUUCUUUCGGCCUGCUCCCGAAACGUGGUUCUUAAGGAGUUUAUAGACAUGGAACUUCUCAAGACGCUGUUUGAAAAAACUAUUGGGUUUCUAUGGCAGUCGAGCACAGCAACAAACUGCUUGAAAGCGGACCGGCUGCUACUCGAAGGCCUGUACCGAGAUUUUUUUCGACGAGAUGACGCCAAGAACACGGGAAGCUUCUCGAGCAGUGCGAGCUUACACACACCCACCCUUCAAUCGGCAGCGCCACCGCCCAUGUCAACCCCGACAUGA